CUCGACGAGGCGCCCGACCAAACUGGUCGCCUUGCAGUCGUCACGGGAGCAAACUCUGGGCUCGGCUUCUGGCUGGCUCGCUCGCUAGCGCUGAAGGGCGCCAGAGUCAUAUUAGCGUGCCGCAACGCGGAGCGUGCAACAAGCGCACGGGACCGGAUCGCGGCGGACCUCAAGUCGAAGGGCGCCGCCGCCAGCCUCGCUUGUGAGGAGCUCGACCUCGCCUCGCUCGCCUCGGUGCGCCGGUUUGCUUCGAGGCUCCGCCGACAGGAGUCGUCUCUCGACCUGCUCGUGUGCAACGCGGGCAUCCUCGGCGGCGGUGCCUCGGCCGAGCUCACCGAGGACGGCUGGCCGCUCGAGUUUCAGGUCAAUCACCUCGGCCACUUUCUCCUCUGUGCCGAGCUCUGGCCGCUGCUCCGCAACACUCAGGGUGCGAGGGUCGUGGUGCACUCGUCG